AUGGUCACCAGUCUCCUAAACACCACCUCCAACCCCGUUUCACCGGGCUCCUCCAGCCCGCCCCUCGACCAGUCCAAGAGCGCCGACUUCGUCCCUCCCACCAGACCCAGCAGCACUCCGUUCCCACAUCCCGACCACCGGCACUCGAAACCAUGCUGCCUUACCGACUCCAGAUACGGCGACGACUGGCAGCCCUCUCCCGAAUCCCUCGCGGUGUCCGACAGUGAGCCCCGCCCGCUCCCUCUACCUAUCACGGAUUUCAACCGGCUGCCCAUAGAAGUGCAUGAGGCUAUCUUGGACCACCUGUUCGGCUACCGCGUCUCGGCCACUUCCCGGAGCGCUAUGAGCGUCUCCUGUGUCACAAAGAGCUGGGGCACGGCGCUGCGCCAUUCGCGGAGGAGGGAACUCACCGAGUUGGCGAGAGUGAGCGAGGUCUGGCGCGUUCUGGUCCAGCAACGGCUCUAUCGCCAUGUCAAGCUCAAGGCCACUGUGGAUUGUCUCGAGGAUGCGAUGCUCCAUUUCGCACAGCACGAGUAUCUCCAGUCGUAUGUUAAACACAUCGAGAUCUGGUUCCCCGUAUUCCAGCCCACAUACGGCCCGCUAGCGCUAUCGAAUACCCUGUCGCUGCCCACGGUUACGAUGGAAGGCCUGACGAACGCAACAUACACACUGCCGGGCAAUAACUGCACUUUGGAGGAGGUAUUCCAUUUUGUGGUACAAGCGUUACCACAAGCAAGGGUUUUGACACUCGAGGGUGGAGAACGACGAAAGGCGCCAAGGGUCCUACACUUCCACGAGCAACGAGCUGAUCCGACAUUUCACAAGGCCCUCCCGAUUCUGGAAUCGGUGCAGACCCUGGUGACCCGUGGUCAAUGGAAUUUAACGAGGGAAAACCAAGACUUCUCAGCAGUGCUUAAUGCCUUGCCGUACCUCGCAGAAUGGCAGAGCUCAUACAGCAAACCCAAGUCGAAGAGUUACAUCACCAUGUCCGAGUUCCUCCCGCAACUGCCUCACAACAUCUCCAACCUCAGCCUCUGCCUCGAGAGUGACUACCGGCGCGAAGGUGUAAUGCCCGCCUUCUACUCCAAGGUGAUUCAGAAGACGCACAUCUGUGUCCGCAUGGCCGAAGCACUGCCCUCGCUGGAGCAUUUUGCAUACACUGGUCGCGUCUGUCAUCACUUUUUUGAGAUGGCGAUGCGGUCGACGGACCCGCGCACAUCAAGACUCAAGUCUAUCGACUUGACGGUAAAGAAUUGCUGUCGACACAACGUGAGCUUCCAUGAGUCGGGUUCCGGAAUCCAAGACAUGGGGUUCAUCGAUGCGUUUGAGAAAUUAGUCAUCUCUGGGAUUCGAUCCAUGGAAAAGCUAAAAGAGGUGGUGUACUUGAGGAUUCGGUUUGUAGACCUUGACUCUGUACUUCCACCUCUAAAUCCCUUUUUCCUCAUGCGGAAUGGGGUAUGUUCCGGUGUCUGGAGCGACAGGAUUCUGACAGAGAUGGCACGAGUGAGGCCUGAGACAUCCUUUACAGAACUGAGCGAAUCCUUCGGGAAUAUUGUCUACGGCAAGGAAGGGCGAAUGGUCAUCACCCCGGAGUAUCCACGGACACGGAUUACGUCACUAAAAUUGACAAACUACCGGUCCCUUGCGGCGGGCAUCACAAUUCAAUGA